AAUCCAACGUGUAUAAAGUGUAGCGUGGAUUGAACUUAUGUAGUUGUAUUAAAAAUUUGGUUGCAAUAGUGAAGUGAAUGAAUUAAAAGUUGUAGAGUGUUUGUGUUACGAAUUAGUAAGAAUAUUUUAGUAAUACACGAAUUACUUUAUCAGCACAAUAAUAUAAAAUACAUUCAAAAUGAAUUGUUCAGUAUUAUUAACACUCUCUAUUGUUGUUGGAUUGGUAUAUACUGUUAUUGCUUUGAAAAAUGACGAAUGUGAAGUAUGUAUAAAUACUGUGGAAAAAUUUGUGAAUACUUUAAGUGAAGAUGUAAAGAAAGACACAAAAAAGAUAGAAACAGCAUUUAAAGACUUUUGUAAAAGUACUAAAUCUAAAGAGAACAGAUUUUGUUAUUAUUUAGGUGGUUUGGAAGAAUCUGCCACAGGUAUUUUAAGUGAAUUAAGUAAACCUAUAUCUUGGUCUAUGCCUGCAAAUAAAGUAUGUGAAAAAUUGAAGAAGAAAGAUGCUCAAAUAUGUGACUUGAGAUAUGAGAAACAAAUUGAUAUUAAUACUGUUGAUUUGAAAAAGCUUAAAGUACGUGACUUGAGGAAGAUCUUGAGUGACUGGGAUGAGACAUGUGAUGGUUGCAUAGAGAAAACAGAUUUUAUUAAACGAAUUGAAGAACUGAAACCAAAAUAUUCUCAUAGUGCAAAAUCAGAACUCUGAAAAGUGUUCAAUGUAGAUAAAUUAUUAUGUUAGUGUGGCUAAGCUUUGGGGUAUUCUUUUUUACAAAAUGAUUAAUAAUAUUUAUAUGUUUCUUCAUUCUGAAUAUGAAUGUGUAAGAUAUCAUUUUGUACAAUUAAUUUGUGAAAUUUCUAAGAGCCAGUAUACAUAUGCAUUUAAAUUUUAAUAAGUAAUGUUAAAUUAUACUUAAUUCAGCAAUAUCUUGGACAUGGAUCUAAGAAAUUAAGAAAUUAAUAAUGUUGAGCAAUGAAAAUUUGUUAAAAAGGGAUGAUUCCUUUUAGUGUAGCCAUGCUAAUACAAAUUAAAUAUCAUAAAAGGUGCUCCGUUUUUAUCAUACCAAUGUUAGAAAAAUAUAAAUAACUCAAAUUUUUCAUACAACAAA